UUUGUUGUUUUUUGGUCACUCUGCUGAAAUGAUAUAACUGGGGAACACGAAACAGCAAUAAAUAAACUAAAAAUGUCACUUAAAACAGCUUUAUUAGGUGCCUUAAGGCACGUACAAAGGAUAGUGCCCAUACAAGCCUCAAGUAUCCACACGGGGGCAUGUCUACGCAAGGCGGAGGACCGAAAGGAGAUGAGAGCAUCACUGCCGGCCAAAGACGAGGGAACCAUCGGCGAAAAGGUCGUGGAUAUUGACACUCUGAUUAACCGCAAGGCCCAGUUCUUUCCUGAUGCCAGUACUGCCACACAACUAUUCAAUGGGAUCCCCUUCAACGAACUGCCCAUCUGCAACAUUCGAGUGUCUUCCAACAACACAAUUAUUUCAGUGACGGAUUACAAGGGUGUCCUAAGGCUGAUACGAUCAUGUGGUAUAGAAGGCUUCAAAAAUACCCGCAAGGGCACCAAUAUUGCCGCCCAAGCGACAGCUGUUUCCAUUAGUGCGAAAGCCGUUGAACUGGGCUGGAAGACAGUGCGCGUGAAGGUUCGUGGCCUAGGUCCUGGAAGAAUGUCGGCCAUUAAGGGACUUCAGAUGGGAGGCCUAAAUAUUGUAUCCAUAACCGAUAAUACGCCAGUUUCUUUCAACCCUCCAAGACCUCGGAAACAAAGGAGUCUUUAAGACCUUAACGUUAAUUCUUUGUUUAUGCAAAAAAUACAAAAAGUUAAAAUUGAUAA